AUGGCUGACACUCCACAACGACACCCGAACUUGAAUCUGACCGCGGAGGAAAAGCGCGUGUUCUACCAGCUCUUCCAGGCCGCGGAUACUACCAACCUUGGCGUCAUCACCGGCGAGAUCGCCGUGCCGUUCUUUGAAAAGACACAUCUCCCCUCCGGUACCCUUGGAGAGAUCUGGCAGCUUGCGGAUAAAGAGAACAGGGGUCUUUUGACUCCUUCUGGGUUUGGGAUCGUGCUUCGAUUGAUUGGUCAUGCACAGGCUGGGCGCACGCCAUCCGAUGAAUUGGCUUUACAACCUGGCCCCCUGCCACGAUUUGACGGCAUUGUUGUCGACAACACACCUGCUCCCCCCGAGUCUGGCGCCGCAAGUCCCCCGCCAGGUGCCGGUCCUCCUAUUCGAGUACCGCCGUUGCAGCCCGAAGAUGCCCACAAGUUCCUCUCGCUGUUCGAGAAGUCAGAUACCUCGAAUGGCGUAAUCUCUGGUGAAAUUGCGAAGCAAAUAUUCGAACGUGCGCGCCUACCCAAUGAGGUCCUGGGUCGGAUAUGGAACCUUGCAGACACAAAGCAGCGUGGAGCUCUCGAUGGCACCGAUUUCAUCAUUGCCAUGCACCUCCUCACAUCCUUCAAGUCUGGCGCUCUCCGUGGCAUCCCGCAAACAUUGCCCCCUGGUCUCUAUGAGGCCGCAGCUCGCCGCGGAUCCGGCCGGGGCUCUUUCGGUGCUCGCGCAGGCGUGCCCCCCGUCCCAUCCAUUCCCAAGCAGUUCACUGGACCUCAGCGCACCAGUACUCCCAUGAGCCCUACUCACACUGGUCAACCGGCAUUCAGUGGUCCGCUCUCGGCGCAAUCGACUGGAGACUGGCUGAUCAGCCCCCAAGAAAAGGCGCACUUCGAUAGUAUCUUUGAGACCGUGGAUACCGCCAAGGUCGGACUGAUUACUGGCGACCAGGCUGUUGGAUUCUUCAUGAAGGCUCAACUCCCCGAGGAAGUCCUUGCGCAGAUCUGGGAUCUUGCUGAUAUUGAUGCCGAUGGUCAGCUCAGCCGCGAUGAGUUCGCCGUGGCCAUGUACCUGGUGAGACUUCAGCGCAGUGGAAAGGAGCCUCUCCCGCAAGUUCUUCCUCCGGCCCUGAUUCCGCCUACCAUGCGCCGUCAGGCUCCUUUGCCUGCUGUUGCACCUGCACCAGUUCCGGCCCCCGCGCCAGCUCCCGUUCCGCGAUCCGCUGCGGAUGACUUGUUCGGCCUCGAUUCUCCCGUACCGCAAAUCGCGCAGACUCAAUUCCCUCAGUCUACUGGUGGUUCUAACGCUGCAUUCCACACUCCAGGCUCUCCAGCCUCCCGGGCUACUCCGCCCGUUGCAUCCACCACAUUCAAGCCAUUCAUGCCAACCUCGACCUUCGGGCAGAGCUUGCAGCCCCAAGUGACGGGUGCAUCGGCAGGAACCCCGGUCAUUCGCUCGCCUCCGCCACCAUCUGAUGAUCUUUUGGGAGACAAUGACCCCGAGGAGUCCAAGAAGCUCACCCAGGAGACCAGUGAUCUUGCCAAUCUUUCUAACCAGAUUGGUUCUCUGGCGAAGGAGAUGCACACCGUGCAAGAGAAGCGCACUUCGGCUGAGCAGAGCAUUUCCCAAACUUCUCAGCAGAAGCGUGACUUUGAGGCGCGCCUUGCUCAGGCACGUGCUAUGUAUGAACAGGAGGUGGCCAACUUCAAAGCCUUGGAGGAGCGCCUCCGAGUUUCCAAAGCCGAGACCACCAAGCUGCAGCAAGACUAUGCCCUGAUCGAAGGUGGCCGUCAGGAUCUGCAGAGCCAGUACACCCAGGUUUCGACCGCCCUGGCUGCUGAUCAACAGGAAAAUGCUAGUCUGAAGGAGAAGAUCCGUCAGGCCAAUGCAGAGGUUGCUCAGCUGAAGCCAGCACUGGAGAAGGCUCGCUCUGAUGCUCGUCAGCAGAAGGGCCUUGUCGCAAUCAACAAGAAGCAGCUGGCUACCGUUGAGGGCGAGCGUGAUAAGAUCCAGGGCGAAAUCGAUACUCUUGCCCAGGAAACUCCCCAGUACACUGAGACUGCCACCCCCGUUAGCUCUGCUGGAGAGGUGGCUAGCCCUGCCGUUUCUACUGCUAGCCAGAACACGAACCCAUUCUUCCGUCGGACCGCGACUGGCAGCUCAAGUGAGCGUGCACUGUCUCCCGAUGGCGCUACUGAUCAGCAAAAGGCCUUUGAUAACCUCUUCGGUCAGUCAUUCGCGGCUCCUUCUGCUGCUGGCCCUCCUCCCACCUCAUUCCGUGCCGAGUCACCGCUGGCUAGCUCCAAGUCGCCUGUUACUUCGAAUGUCCCAACUCCGUCUGUUUCGCCAGUUCCCGCUGUCUCUGUGCCUGGCGCGUUCCCUGGCAUUGCGUCUGAGAUCCCGCCACCCAGCCAGUCUCGUCAGCUCACCCCGAACUUCCUUCCUUUCGGUGAUACCCAGUCGGUGACUUCGUCCACCAUGGUUUCGCCUCCUGCUAGCCGGUUCGGUGGUCCUGAUACCUCGAGUAUUGCAACCCCACAGGACGCUAGUGAGCAGGGUGGUCCACCAUCCGUGGCCGCAUCAAGCGACUACAGCAAGGCUCCUACUCCGGCGUUUGAUGGCACACCCUCUCGUUCGCCAUUCGAUGAGGUUCCGGCGGCCCCCGAGGCCGCGGUAGCCGCUGCUGUCGAGCAACCCCCAUCUGCGAUUUCUCCUACCUCCACUGGAAACCAGGAGCCGGCAAAGGACCUGUCUUUCGACGAGCUUUUCGGAAGCAAGGCCCACAAACGGUCGGAGUCUCAGAACCAGAAUGACUUUGAUGAGGCCUUUGCUUCUAUGAAGCAGCAGGCGGACGAGAAGACCAAUGGUGCUGCUGCCGCUGCCUCUUCCUCGGAGUUCCCUCCUAUCCAGGAGCUGCACCAUGACGAGGAGGACGAUGAGAGUUCGGAUGACGAGGGCCCUCUGGGGUUCGACGAUAACUUCACCCCAGUCUCUCCCACGACUUCCAAGAAGCAGGCCGACUCCAUCGACGCUGCUCAACUUGCUGCUUUCCCUGCCCCGGGAUCGGUUCAGCCGCCACCCCCUGAUGCGCAAGCCAGCCCUCCUCAGUAUGAAGCCAGGACUGCUGGAGAUGCCAGCCACAUGCCUCCGGAAUUCAACGGUCUGCUGCCUGAGCGUGCCGAUCCCACCGCUGCCCCGGAUGCUCCUCACUCCGUUGAGUCGAGCACUGGCGCACCAGUGAUUGCCAACGAGUCUCAGCGGGACCUUGGAUCUGAGGCUGCUGCUCCAGUCAUCGCUGGUGGUGCGAAGACGGGCGGACCUGACUUUGAGGCCGCUUUCGCUGGACUCAAUCUUGCCCCCGCGAAGGAGGCCGAUGAUGAGGAUGAGGACGAUGAGCAUGAUGAGGGCCAUAAUAACAAGAACACCUCGGACUUUGACUUCUCGUUCGAUUCGCCGUCCCAGGCCAAGCACGGUGCUUCUUCCAGCACCGAUGCCGCCCAGGGUGCAUCCGCUGAUUUCUUCUCCUUUGACAACAAUGUGCAAGCUGCGACUGCCCAGUCCACUACCUCCCCAAACGGAGGUGAUUCCAAGGCCGAUGAUCACGACUGGGAUGCUCUUUUCGCAAGUGCUAAGCCCGCCGCAGAGGAGACUGCUAAUGGCGAGAGUUCCAAGUCUCCCGGCUGGGCCCUCAACAACGAUUCUGGUGAAGAUGACCUGAUUCUGCAGCGAUUAACAGGCAUGGGUUUCCCUCGUGACGACUCGCUCGCAGCGUUGGAGAAGUUCGACUACAACCUUGAUAAGGCUGCGGACUAUUUGACCUCGAAGUCUUAA